AUGAAGCCCCGAAGGGUAUAUUAUAGUUUUCACUAUUAUGUAGACACCUUGGAGAAAUGCAUAUCUAUUACAAAUCCGCAACUUUAUAGUCCAUUCAAAUCAAUUCUCCACCCUCCUCUCUCUAUAACAACUGAUAACGUUAAUUUUUUCUCCUUCUGGUCUCCUCUUCCUCUCUUUGAAUUUAAGUUGACAGGGUACAUGACGGAGGAUAUAGGUGGUGGCUCUAGUUAUGAAGCAAGGGCUUGUUCGAGAGGGCACUGGAGACCUACCGAAGAUGAAAAACUCCGGCAGCUUGUCGAACAAUAUGGCCCUCAAAACUGGAAUUCCAUUGCUGAAAAACUUCAAGGAAGAUCAGGUAAAAGUUGCAGAUUGAGAUGGUUUAAUCAACUCGAUCCAAGAAUAAACAGGAGGCCAUUUACUGAAGAAGAAGAAAAAAUGCUUCUUGCAGCCCAUAGAAUACAUGGCAAUAAGUGGGCAUUUAUAUCUAGAUUUUUUCCAGGUAGAACAGACAAUGCUGUUAAGAAUCAUUGGCAUGUCAUUAUGGCCAGAAAACAAAGAGAACAAUCCAAGAUUUCUGGUAAGAAAAGUUCUCAAGAUGACCCCAACUCUCAUUCCUAUGUUGUUGAACAAAAGAAUCCGAGAUUCCCACACAGUGAGAUUCUUGAAUUCCGCAACCAAAACAAAGACGGAAUCUUUACUGUGUCGUCCUCCUCGGGUUCAUGUACGUCGUGGCCUUGUACGAGCCUUUUGACAACGUAUAAUUUAUCUUCUGCUGCUGAUAUUACUGCAAGAAAAGGAAGUAACCAAUACAAUUUUAGCUCCAACAGUUCAUUCCAUGGUGAUUCUGCUGUCUCUAAUUCCUACGGUUAUUUGGAUCGUCAUUUUCUCAGUAGAAAACAUGGUAAAAUCAAUGGAGAGUUGAUGCAUAUUGAUGCUAAGAAGGAAGGGAAAAGCAUUGUGCCAAGAGAAGAGCAAUCAUUUCCAAAGAAAAAUCUUCCCUUCAUAGAUUUUCUUGGUGUGGGAAGCUCUUCUUGA